AAAAAGAAGUAGUGGGUAUAAGAUAGGAAAAAAGGAAGAAGCAACGUUGGUAGAGCUGUAGUGUGUAGUCCACAGUUAACUUGUCUGGCGGCAAUACAAUUCUGUCCUAAACAAACCAAUUUCCGUUUCAUCCCAAAAACACAACACAAUAACAAUCUUGGAUUUCACACACUUUUCUCUCUCUUCACAGUGGCAAAGUUGUAAAAUGGAGCGAAAACAAGGUUUCUUUUCAUCCCUCAAAGACGAAGUAGUAAGAGGACUUUCACCGGCGAGGUCACGUGCAAAAUCUCCGGCGAGAAGUGCUUCUCCGAUGUCAGGACUUCUCCGUCGCCGGAGAAAAAACCAAGGUGUUCCGCCAGAGUUGUUUAUGACGAGAUCGGGAAGUUUAAGACCGUUAGAAGCUUUAUCACCGUUGAAAGAAGGUCCUGAUGGAACCGACGGUGAAGAUGUUGGAAACAGAGAAGGAAAAUGGGGUCAUUGGAUGAAGGGUCAAUUAGCUAGAGCACCUUCAGUUUCAUCAUCUUCUUCAGCAUGCAAAAAAUCUGAUCUGAGAUUACUUCUUGGUGUUUUGGGUGCUCCUCUUGCACCUGUUCAUGUUUGUACUACUGAUCCUUUUCCUCAUCUCAGCAUCAAAGACAUUCCCAUUGAAACUUCUUCUGCUCAGUACAUACUGCAGCAAUACAUUGCCUCUUCGGGUGGUCUGAAGAUUCAAAAUUCAAUUAACAAUGCUUAUGCCAUGGGAAAGGUGAGGAUGAUAGCCUCUGAGUUUGAGACUGCCAACAAAGUCACGCGUAACCGGAAUUCCUCCAAAGCUGCAGAGUCUGGUGGAUUUGUCUUGUGGCAGAUGAAUCCGGAUAUGUGGUAUGUGGAGCUUGCUCUUGGUGGCAGUAAAGUUCAUGCUGGUUGCAAUGGGAAGCUUGUGUGGCGCCACACACCUUGGCUUGGUGCACAUGCUGCAAAAGGGCCGGUGAGGCCUCUUCGACGCGCGCUUCAGGGUCUUGACCCAAGAACAACUGCUAGCAUGUUUAUCAAUGCAAGAUGCAUUGGGGAGAAGAAGAUAAAUGAAGAGGAUUGUUUCAUCCUCAAGCUUUGUGCAGAUCCAUCGACAUUAAAAGCCAGGAGCGAAGGUCCAGCAGAGAUCAUAAGGCACGUUUUGUUCGGAUACUUUAGUCAGAAAACAGGACUUCUUGUUCACUUGGAAGAUUCCCAUUUGACCCGUAUUCAGAACAAUGGAGGCGAUGCAGUUUAUUGGGAGACCACGAUAAAUUCAUUUCUUGACGACUACAGACCUGUUGAAGGGAUUAUGAUUGCUCACUCAGGUCGAUCUGUAGUGACACUAUUCAGGUUUGGAGAAACAGCAUUGAGCCAUACUAAAACUAGGAUGGAAGAAGCAUGGACGAUUGAGGAGGUUGCGUUUAAUGUCCCCGGCCUUUCCAUAGACUGUUUCAUUCCUCCAUCAGAGCUUCGAUUUGCUUCUAUAAGUGAAGCUUCUGAGCUUCCUCACGGUCAGAGGGUAAAGAGCGCCGCGGCUGCUGCUGCAUACCAGGCCAAAGUUGCGCAGUUCCAAAAAUCACAUGAAAGCAAUACGAAUAACAUUAACUGGACAGUGGAUGUUUAGCAAAGACUAAGUUUCUGAAUUAGCCUAAUUGUUGUAGCUUUAUUCAAGGGCCAUUUGGUUCUCGGGAUGACAAAUUACUGCAGGUAAAAUGGUAAAGAUUGCAGCAGGGUUCAUCAAAUUUGUAAAUAGAACUGAUCAGUUACAGUCUUACAGAUUCUGAAAAAAUGAUUUCUAUUACUCUAGGUUUUUGGUGGACGAUUAUGUACAUCAAGGUUAUGUUUUUUCCACAUCUUUUCCUAUAGUGUGAAAUUGGGAAUCUGCUGAUUGUUUUAUAAGUUAUAAUUGUUGUUGAUGUUUCUUAAUUUCAUAUGUGAAUUGCAAAAGCAUUCUACCAUGAUGCUUCAAGAUCA